GGAGUUCCGUGAGGAAUCCCACCCUCACAUUAAAGCGAGCAUUCUGAGGUUAGCUACAGCUUGCAAACAAGAUAUUGACAGUGUAGGGCUGACUAAUAAAACUUAAAAUAAUAAUCAUAGUAAAACUAAAAGAUAAGAGAUUUCAAAGAGAUACAUCUGGAAAUAUCUGUUAUGGAUCUCAGCGCUGGAAUGCAAAAGAUGUCUGUGGCGCCGGAGUCAGCAGGAAGAGGUGUGCCUUGUUUGAGAUGUAAAGGGAUCUGCACUGGAUUCCAGCCACAUUCUUGGAGGAAGCUAUGCCAGGUAUGCCGCUGCUGCCCGGGGGAUCACGACCUGUACUCAGACGCCGAGGACGAUCGGAAAAUUGGCCGCUUACUGACGGACUCCAAGAACUCCAGCCUGACGGCGCGGGUGAAGGGCGGGGAUGGGGAACGGAUUUACAAGAGGAACCGGAUGAUCAUCACAAACCCCAUUGUGUCCAGGAAAGAUCCCACCUUCGAUACCAUAACCUACGAGUGGGCCCCCCCAGGACUGACUCAGAAACUGGCUAUUCUCUACAUGGAGCUCAUUCCCAAAGAAAUGCAGCCUGUGGCGGGGACAGAGGGGGCAUACCACAGACGCAGGCAGCUUCUGAGACAGCUACCUGUGUACGAUGUGGACCCCACCCAGUGCCUCAGCCUGUCGGAGGGGGAGGUCGGAGCCAUGGAGGAGUUUGUCAAGCUGUAUAAACAAGAUGCGCUCGGCGUCGGGGAGGUAGCGCUCCCCGGGGAGGCUGGCACUGCCAAAGACGAGGGCAAGCAACCCCCAAAAAAUGGCAAGAAGACCCCACAGGAAACCUCCUCUGCACCCAACGGGACUGUCACAGACUGCAACAAGAAAAGUGAAUACUACUGUGAGCGCUGCAAGCAGGUGGCUCCACUGGGCAGCCCCGUGGUGUUUGCUGAGAGAGGGGGCUACGCCCGGCUCUGGCACCCCACCUGCUUCGUGUGCUGCAGGUGCAGCGAGGCCCUGGUGGAUCUCAUCUACUUCUGGAAGGAUGAGUCUCUGAUGUGCGGACGCCAUUACUGUGAGGCUGUGAGACCGCGUUGUGCUGGCUGUGAUGAGAUCAUUUUCUCUGAAGAUUAUCAGCAAAUGGAGGGCCUCACCUGGCACAGGAAUCACUUCAGCUGUGUGGAGUGUGAGCAGCCUCUGACGGCCAAAUCCUUCAUCCUGGACCAGGCCAAGCUGCUGUGCACUACCUGCAGCAAGAGCAGCAAGCGAGCCUGAAGGACUGCCCUCCUCCUUUCAGCACAACCGCCCGGCCGACAGGCUGACACACAUGCGCUGCGGCUUUAUUGAAACUGGCAUUAACAUCAUGUAAUCAAAGAAACUGCAAAAGGGUAUCGCAAAAGUCUACCAGAAGCCAUAACAGUAGAAUAGUAUGUCAUGUUUGAUUUUAAAAUGUCAUAUUUUCCAUUUUUUCUGUUUUUCAUGAAGUAUAUUGAAAACUACAAAGCGGUAUGUAAUUCAGUAUUAUUCAGCAGGUUUCAUUCAACUUUAUGAAGAAAAAUGAGUUCAUUCUAUGGGUGAUUUGUACCUUUAGUGGAACUACCAGAGGCUAUAACUGCAGAAAUUGCCACAUUCUUGUAUUUUUCAUCUUAUCAAAUCCUAUGUGGGCUCACUUGCUCAUUUUAAGGUUGUAUUCCCUACUCUACAUCAAUUUUUUUAUGUGAGUUGUUGAUGUUGCUUAGUAUUAUGAGAUGUGAUAAAAACAAAAAAGGCACUUGCAUUAAAAAAAAACAUAUGUAAGGUAGGAAAAAAAAUCAGCAAAAUGAUUUGCUACAAAUGGAAAACAAAGACAAUAGAAAACUUAAUUUCUGCAAAUACAGCCUCGGGUAGUUCCAUUAACGGUAACACAACUUCCAGAUUAAUUAUUUUGCUUUUGGCCAUCUCUUCUUCCCAUCUUGUAGAGGCUUGUCCUUUACCACUCAGCCUGUACUAAUAUGAGAUAAGGGACCAGUCACCUGGUCACAGAUACCAGCACUGAAACAAGCUCCACAGGUCAUUUCUCUACCUUCAACCGGUCCCCAGUGUGUGUGGCUCUCUCUCAGUCUUGCUAUGAAUAGCUGUGUAGUGAAAUGCAGAUGAAUUUGUAAUGUUUGUUUUAAAACACUGUUUGAUUCUGUAUUCCAGCUGUUUGUCAAAAUGCAAUCCCUGACGACUUCUGCCUCGUGUAGAGUAGGAGGAUACUAUAUGUUAAACUGCUCUGAUAGUUAUAACUGAAAUGAGCUUUAUUGUGUUAGAGGUAGUUGUUUAAUCUUGCAAGCUAUUGCAUAAAACACUGUCAUUAAAACCAA